UUGUUCACCUGAAUAAUGGAAAUUGUUGACUUCUUAUCAACCCCAUUCACAGAUUACAAGUGGGCCGAGGUCGCAUUUUUAUACUCGAAUUUUCCAGCUUACUCCUCUAUUUCACCUUUGAACUUGGGCAUUGAAUCCUCUCGCAAGUAUUUCAUCAUGCAAAUUUUCGCAAAGUUAUGCGUCUUCGGUAUCAUUGCGGUACUUGGAGUGCUGGCGCAAGAUGAGGAAAUCUGUCCUCCAGGCGCGGACACGUGGCCGCAUCACAACUGCUCCCAGUUUUACGCCUGCAACAAUGGGAACCCCAUCGUCGCCACCUGUCCAGAAAACCUGUAUUGGAACCCAGAAGCAGAAUAUUGCGAUUUCCCGGACAACGUGGAGGAAUGUGUGGAUGGGACGAGACCCCCUACGGGAACGACGCUACCCGUGACCCAGAGUACACCGGCACCAACACAACAAUCCACUACAACCUCCGCACCCAUCACGACGGUGCCAACCACACCCCCACCUUCCACCCCUGGACCAAGCUCAACGGCGGAGGAGACACCGGAAACUGAAGCACCAUUAACGACAACCACGCCCCACACGACGACCGAGGAGCAGCCAGAAACGGAGGACACGGCUGGAACCCCCUCAACCACGACCCGACUCCCACCUGGCGUCUGUCCGGAGACCGGGAUCAUUAAAAUUGCUCAUCCAGAAUUCUGUGAGUCGUACUACCUUUGCGUGAACGGCGUUCGACAAGAGCCACCCGCUACGUGCCCGGAUGGUCUUUUAUUUGACCCAUCCUUAGCUGAGUGCAAUCAAGCGGCGGACGUGGACUGCGGGUCGGCGUCCCCCCGAACCACAACCACCACCACGGAAGCGCCCACCUACCAAUGUCCCGACCAAGGCGCGGCGGUCAUUCCGUACCAAGGAAACUGCACCCUGUACAUUAUGUGUAUCGAUGGGUCACAAACCGUGUAUAGAUGCCCACCCGGGUAUUUGUUCGAUACAGGAAAACUUGUCUGCGAACAUGAAUCCACGGCCGAGUGCACGGUCGGAUUUAGUUUGGCGGGAUUUUUCGAACACUUGGGUGGAGUUCAGGUUGAAGUUGGAGGGGAAAAAGAUAUCGUGGUAAUUCAAGAGUCCAGUUUUUCAAAGGUGUUUGGAAAACUUUGGAAUUUUUGGAAAUAGUUGUUUCAGAAUUUACUAUGUAUAUAUUUGAAUUGCGGAUUACUAAAUAAUCCGGAAUGAUAAUCUGGAAUAAUAAAUCACUUGCUGAAAAAUGUAA